GUACCCUCCUGAAUUCGUGCGCUCGAUUCCUGGCUUCGCCUCGCGCCGAUCUCACCUGUUGUUCAGACAUGAAGCCUUGCAAGCAGACCGCAUCCAUGGGAGCCGCCGCCACGGACGAGGCCCACAGCAAGUCGGCAGCAAAGAGCGAUGCAAUCCAAUCGAGGGGGAAGAAGGCCAUGGGCAAACUGGCGGUGAAGAGCAAUGGAACCGAGAAGCCCAAGACCAAUGCCGUUUCCGAUGUUACACGCGGGUUCGCGGUGAUGAGCGUUACAGAGGAAAUUGCAAGGGUUGAAUUGCUCGCCCUGUACUCUUACCAGAACGCCUUCUGGAUAAAAAACUUUCCUGGCGUCUGUGACAGGCCGUCCGUAGAUGCUAUUCGUAAGCAAGCCGUUGAAAACUGGAAAUGCUUUAAUGAUUCGGACAAGGCCCCUUAUAUAGCCAGGGCACAUGUGAACAAAAUACGCAUCGCUAAGGCCAACGAGUUCAAGAAGACACUGAAGUUGACGCGCCUGAUGACGAACAAGCUGAUGAAUCUGAAAAUGUGAACACACAAGAUCUCUAAGAUGUCUUUUAAUAG